AUGUGGCUUUCCUGCAAGAUAUCCCCAGGUGACUUUAACGUUCCGACUGAAGAGGCGACUUAUCGGACGGGGAGCAACAAUAUCAUCAAGCUUCUGGGCAGCGCCACCCAUGGCGGUGGGUCCUGCCAGGUGAGCCUCACCAGUGAUCGCGAGCCGACAAUUAAUUCGGAAUGGAAAGUCAUCAAGUCAUACGAAGGGGGAUGCCCUGCAAAAGUACCCUGGAAUCUGAAUGGGAGUGCCGAGUCGGACCAUUCCCUCCAACUCCACUUCGCGAUCCCUGAGGGUAUUGCACCUGGGAAAUACACCUUGGCCUGGACGUGGUUCAAUUGGGUCGGCAAUCGUGAGAUGUACAUGAAUUGCGCACCCAUCACCGUGGCCAAUGACUCGCCGUCAAAUUCGUCCGACCACAUGCCCAAACAAUCGCCUGCGUUUCCUCCAAUGUUUCUCGCCAACGUGAACGGUUGCAUGAAAAGAGAAAAUGUAGACGUCCGCUUCCCUUGGCCUGGAAGCAUUGUUGAAUAUAAUGGUGAUAGCAAAAAUCGUCCGCCAGAAAGCGAACCAGUAUGUACUGGAAAUCCUACAUUCGGACCAAUUCCAAUCACCGAUCCAGCCGACACCGGCGAGACCGAAAGUUCCCGCUCGUCGUCUUGUUCAUGUGGCUGCCAGGGUAAAUAG